AUGGCACGCCCUCCGCCACGACUGCUAGCACUCGCUUUUGGGGUAGUUCUCACAAUCAUCGUCCUGUACCGCAACAUGGGCCGCCCUUCAGUGCCACGACUGAACAGCAACCCUCUUUCCACCUCUGUUGACGACCUUGCCCAUAUCUCACCAAACAUGCAGAAGGGAGAUGCUAUUAUGGGACAUCUGGGCAACGAAACACUCAAAGCAGAGCUUGGCCGGGCUGCAUGGAAGCUGUUUCACACAACGAUGGCACGCUUCCCCGAUCAGCCAUCUGAAGAAGAGAGUGCCGCUCUGAAAAGCUACAUUUACCUCUUUGCACGCCUAUAUCCUUGUGGAGAAUGCGCUUCCCACUUUCAGAAGAUCCUGAAGAAGUAUCCACCACAGACCUCUUCUCGGUCUGCUGCUGCUGCUUGGGCGUGCCACGUACAUAACGAAGUAAACAAAUCCAAGGGCAAGCCCGUGCUCGAUUGUGCAAACAUUGAAGGCUUCUAUGAUUGUGGCUGUGGAGAUGACGAGAUGGAGAAGAAAUCCAAAGUAGAAGACAAAGCAGAGAUGAGCGAGUCAUCGAAAACAAAAAUGGCGCAGGAUGGCAGGGACCUAAAUGUUGAUCAUUUCAAGUUGAUUCAGAUUGCCAAAGAAGGUCCUACAAAUGGUGGGUGA